AAAUCAAAGGGUACCUCGAGAGAGAGUGUGCAUAAAGCUAGAAACCCUAGUGAUAUAUAUACCUAACGUUUCAAGCCGGAAACCCUGGAAUAUAAAUAUCCCCAUCUCUCUCGCUCUCUCUAAAUCUAUGUUUUUUUCUAUUAUGUAAUUCGUUUGUGCUUAAUGUUGGGUGUCCCAUCAACCAUGAGAGGUGGACUAGUACUCUUCCGUCUUGAACCAGGGCAACACGGCUGACCCUUUUCUUUUUUCUCCAUCGUUUUCUUCUAGAAUUUUCUCGGGAAAAAAACAAAUAAAGGCGGAAAUAAAAAGGCUAGGUUUUGUCGUUUGUUGUUUUUGUUUCCUUUGAUUUCGCAGAUAUGGGUAGCAGAGAGAAGAGUCUGCUGAGCUUUAAUCUCCACCGUCCUCACCACCACCAUCAACAACCACAACAAGGGAAGGUUCCCAAAGGGUGUUUGGCGAUCAAGGUGGGCCAGGGUGAUCAACAGCAGAGAUUUGUAGUCCCUGUGAUGUACUUCAAUCACCCACUGUUCAUGCAAUUGUUGAAGGAGGCUGAGGAAGAGUAUGGCUUUGAUCAAAAGGGUACAAUCACUAUCCCUUGCCACGUGGAAGAGUUUCGCUACGUUCAGGCAAUGAUUGAUCGAGAGCACCACCACCGUUAUGGUGGUUGUUUUAAGGUUUGACCGAUAUCAGACAGUAUCAAUUAAUAUAUUUGUAAAUGUCAGUAUCAAAAAUUUGAAAACCCUAGAUAUAAUACUUUAACACUUUUUGUUAGUUCAUGUUUGAAAAUGCAUAUUUGAGAAGUUUUAGUCCUUUUUUUGUGAUUUUUCUAAAUAAUAAUAUGGCAAGGUAGUUAUGGUGA